UCGUUGCAUCAGCCAACUCAUUUCUCCUCGCUCGCACAUCGACACAUUUAUUCAGUCGCUGAAAGUGAAAUCUGCUCAAAAGUUCUCAAGUUUCAUUAUUAUGCAUUUUUUUAGCUAGUGCAUAUCUAACGAGUAUUGUUUGUUAAAUUCUGGCUGAAUUGAAACUUGAAUUUUCAAGACAAACCAUGGACGGCGGAGAUAAGGAAAAUGCCGGACUCACGAUGAGUGAAAAGAAAGUGUACACGUCGGAGAAGAGAGGGAGUGACGAAACUGGGGACGGGAGCGAGGCCAAACCCUUCAAGUCGGUCCUUGCUGCUCUGAAACAGGCUGAGAAAGAGCCAUGGCCCCAAAUAUUUGUGGACCCCAAAGAAAAAGCUGAAGGCCAACCAAACCAAGAAGGAUAUGAGCUCAUUGCUAAAUCACAGCUCAAAAAGAUAAUGAAGUUUUUCCUCAGAGAUCAACAUAAGAGCGCAUCUCUUGCAGUCAAAGACAAAGAAGAAGCCGAGGCAAGAUUAAAAAACUUGGAGGAUGCAAAAAAAAUUGUCCUGGAAGAAGAUAAAUCUCUCCCAGAAGCACUCCGCAUUAAAAUUAGGGACGCUUCUUUCAACAAGGAGAAAAGGGUGAAAGUCUAUGGAUGGGUGCACCGGCUGAGGAGACAAGGAAAGUCGCUCAUGUUCACCACAUUAAGGGAUGGGUCAGGAUUUCUGCAAUGCGUUCUUACGGAUAAAUUAUGUCAAAGUUACGAUGGACUUAUGUUAAGCACAGAAUCCUCGGUCGUACUUUUUGGCACUUUGGCUGCUGUUCCUGAAGGACAUUCUGCACCCGGUGGGGUAGAACUGAAAGUCGAUUUUUGGCAGCUCAUCGGUCUCUCACCUCCUGGGGGUGCGGAUGCUAUUCUCAACGAAGAAUCCCAUCCAGAUGUCCAGCUGGACCAACGACAUAUUAUGUUACGAGGAGAAAAUACUUGUAAAGUUUUGCGAGUUCGUUCUGCCUUGCUUCAAGCAUUUCGGGAUCACUAUCUCGCCCGCGGAUAUUGUGAAGUAACUCCUCCCACUCUGGUUCAAACUCAAUGUGAAGGGGGGUCCACCUUGUUCAAAAUGGAUUUCUUCAAUGAAGAAGCGUAUCUCACUCAAAGUUCCCAACUAUAUUUGGAAACCUGCAUUCCAUCAUUAGGUGAUGUCUUUUGCGUGGCUCAAAGUUAUCGAGCCGAGCAGAGUAGAACCAGGCGUCAUUUGGCAGAGUACACUCAUAUUGAAGCAGAAUGUCCUUUCAUCACCUUUGAAGAUUUGUUGGAUCGCUUGGAAGACUUGAUUGUUGAUGUGGUGGAUCGUGUCUUUGAAAAAUGUGGAGAUCUUAUUGCGGAACUUAACCCUGGAUUCAAACGGCCGACACGCCCAUUUAAGAGGAUGAACUAUAGCGAUGGAGUGAAAUGGUUGAAAGAGCACGACGUGAAGAAAGAGGAUGGAACCUUUUAUGAAUUUGGAGAGGACAUCCCUGAGAUGCCUGAACGGAAAAUGACAGACUCCAUCAAUGAGCCAGUCUUAUUUUGCCGUUUUCCAGCACAUAUUAAGGCUUUCUACAUGUCACGAUGUCCAGAAGACCGAGACUUGACAGAAUCUGUGGAUGUAUUGCUUCCUAAUGUUGGUGAAAUCGUGGGCGGGUCCAUGCGUAUUAGUGAUUACGAUGAAUUGAUUGCUGCAUAUAAAACACAAGGAAUCGACCCCAGUCCGUAUUACUGGUACACUGAUCAGAGAAAAUUUGGAACAACCCCUCAUGGUGGGUAUGGAUUAGGCUUGGAGCGUUUCCUCUGUUGGCUCCUUAACAGAUACCACAUUCGUGAAGCGUGCCUGUACCCUCGGUUUUUGGGAAGAUGCACCCCAUAAAAAUAUUUUUAUUUAUUGGCUACAUAAUUUUUCAAUGUCUAUUAAUAUGUACUGUGCUAUUUACCAUUUCUAUUUCAUUAUAAUAUGGUUAAACUUGCUUCAAUAAAUAUUCCCAAAUGCACAACAA